AUGAAGUCGCUUCAAUGCGUUCUGGCACUUCUUUUCUUCCUAACAAUACAGAAGGUAGAAUCAAACAUUGAAUGGAGUGGCAAUUGGGAGGGUAGAACGAAUUGGACCGAGAUACCAGACGGCGCCUUUGUAGGGCCUGGUGUCGGAAGUGCUCAAGGGGCAGACUUUUGCGAUGUGGUUCGUGAUAAUUCAAUUGCACUCAACGAUGCUUUGCGUGGGAGAAACCUUUCCAUUGCGUCUCAAUAUGGUCCUGGAUUUGAUUUCUUCCAAUAUGACCCCGACAAACCACUAUCUGAGACAAACCCGACGGGGAUGAUAGCAAAUGUUUUGGAUGAAUUGGCCAGUAGAGCAGGGUUCUCUUGGAGGAGCUCAUUUGUUGCUUACAACGCAACAAGUGCUGAUCUUCUAGUCGGGGCUGGUACAGGAAAGUGGGACAGAAUGUUGAAAGAAACCACCCGUUUCUUCGACGUGGCUGUUGACAAAUGGCGCCUGACAACCGAACGGCUGGAAAAUGAAACUGUCUUUCUUCAUUCUUGGUUUGACGCAUCUCUAAUUCUUGUUGACACGGGCGACAAGCCUGAAAUCAACUGGUUUGGCUUUGCGGAUCCGUUUGGAGCUCGUGUCUGGCUUGCGAUUGCUGGUACAGUUUUGUCGAGUGCUAUUAUCAUGAUUGUGAUUGAAUCACUGGAAAACAGACGAGAUGGGCGUACGAUGAAAUCGUGGUUCAGUGAUCAUUUGUAUUUGACAACUCUGGCCUUCGCGCAGCAAUUCCUCUUCAUUAACCCCACAUCUGCAGCCGGACGGGUCUUCUUGGCGUCCUUUGCCUUUUGGGCCACCCUUAUUGGUGCAACUUACACGGCUAACUUGGCUUCUCUGUUGGUUGAAAAUGCCUUGUCCAGCCCUAUCCAGAGCAUCGAAUCUGCAAUGGAUGCCAAGUUGUCGAUUUGUAUUCACGAAGGUAGUGCCAGUGAAACGAUUAUGGAAACCUCCUAUCCAUUUUUUAAGGGAUAUCCCAAUCUCGUCAAGACUAAAACUGUUCCGGAGUUGUAUGAACGUUUGGCGGAAGGCUCAUGCGAAAUCUUGGUUGGAACACGGCAAGAAUACGAAAUCUUUCGGAGGGAGGAGAAGUAUGGAUGUAAUCUGGUACAGGCAGGUGUCGAGUUGCUUGGAGGAUCUGCCAGUUUUGCGAUCGAGUUUGAUCCUCUCAAUUGCGAUUCAGUGUUGGCCCAUGUCCUCAACAUCCAUUUGAAUGAAAUGACUGUUGACGGGAACAUGACAAUUUUCUGGGACGACUAUCUGAAUAGUCGCAACGGAAUGUGCGGGCAGAUAUCUGGACGACGGAUGACAGAAAUCGACGACGUGUAUGGACCUCCAAGAUCAGAACCGAUGGUUUCUCGGCAGCUAGGAGGAGCAGCAAAGACCUCAGCUGCGAGCUCUAGUUCCUUCUCAGAGGAGGUACCAACGGAUACAUCUCUCACGAUUACAGGCAUGGCAGGGGUCUUCGCUGUACAUGCCGUUGGAACUGGCAUUGCUAUUCUCAUUGCUCUUUACACGCAUUUUCGAAAAACGUAUAUGCAGAAACAACAGGCUCGGCAGAAAGAGGUCUUUGGAAGUGAUAGUAGCAAGGUCGCCAAAUAUGAACUGGACGAGAAGUAUGACGCGUUGAAGAUGGAUAUGUUGGCACUGGUGGCACAAAUGGACCGAUUCUUUGAAGAACAUCGAGAAACUGGGAUGCAUCGGAAAUCCGAAGUUCAAAUGAGAUCCAUCAUAGAAGAACGACAAUCUAUGGUCUUGGCCAGAAGCUCCAUGAUGAUGGCUCCGAGCACCCCAAAUAAUGGCCGAAAAGGAGGCUUAUUUGAUAAUAUUAGCAGUCGAGGAUCAAACACACCAAACAACACGACAAGAGAGGUUGCAUCGGGGCAUGAUAGCGACAACUUAGAAUCACUUCGAUUGGAUCCUUUGGAUGUAUCUGAGUCUAAAGAGUGUCAAGGUGAGGCCAAGUCUCAGACUCCAGGCGGGGCUGAGAACAUUUAUUGGAGUUAA